CGCGCAUGGUUUGUCGGCGUCGGCCAUCAGUAACUUUUGAUGCUUCUAAGCAAACUGGAGUAAACAUCGGCGAAGAUGAAUCAAGCGAACAUCGAUAAUCUAGUGAAUAAAUUGAGAUACAAUGUUAAAGCACGUCGGAAGUUCCGAAAUCCUGAUGGUCCGGAGGGACGUCUUCUCAAAUUUAAGAAAACUCUGACAGCAUUGAUCAAAUACGAGCGACUAGAAUUGAAUUAUCCACGAGCCGACGAGACCAGAGGUUAUGUUGAUCAGUUGAUAUUUGAGGCGAUACGCCAUGGACCUACUCACAAGGAGACAAUGGAUCUGGCCAACUUCUGGAUAAUCGAAAAACAAUUGGUGCACAAACUAUUUAAAGUUCUUGUGCCAAGGUACCAGAAUUAUACCAUCUCUUUCACAAAACUUCAUAAAGCACCAAUCAUAUAUCCCUUAGGUCACUACAGCAGAGCAAUUUUAGAACUCAGAGGUAACAUAUACCCAAGUGUAGAACAGUAUAAUCCACAUGAACGAAAUUUACUUCAUAAUCUACUGCUCGAUGCAGCAAAGAGAGAAUAUAGGAUGGAAAAGUAUAAAGAAGUUGCAGACAAUAUAAAGCAAUAAAGAGGUAAAGAGAGUCUGUAAAGAAUGCUCUUGUACAGUAUGUGUUUUGUUAAUUCUUUAGCACUUUAUAUUAUUAAAAUAAAAAGAGUAUAAAAUUUACAUUUAUACAA